UUUUUGGUUCUCAUAUCCCACCCCACUCUCUCUCUCAUAUAAAUCAUACCUGAAAGAGACUUGUAAAAUACAACCUCAACUCUGUUUCUCUUUGUUGAAUUUUGGUCUUUGAUUUUCUAGUCUCAGCAGCCAUGAACGCUCUUGCAGCGACAAACCGAAAUUUUCUUCAUGCAAGUCGCAUACUUGGGUUGGAUUCUAAACUUGAAAAGAGCCUUUUGAUCCCCUUUAGAGAAAUCAAAGUCGAGUGUACAAUUCCUAAGGAUGAUGGAACUCUUGUUUCCUAUGUGGGAUUUAGAGUCCAACAUGACAAUGCCCGUGGGCCAAUGAAAGGAGGAAUUCGUUACCAUCCUGAGGUUGAUCCAGAUGAAGUGAAUGCUCUUGCUCAACUAAUGACAUGGAAGACAGCCGUAGCAAACAUUCCAUAUGGUGGCGCUAAGGGUGGGAUUGGAUGCAACCCAAGGGAGUUAAGCAUCAGUGAACAAGAACGCUUAACUCGCGUUUUUACUCAGAGGAUCCAUGAUCUCAUUGGAAUUCACAGGGAUGUUCCUGCCCCUGACAUGGGAACUAAUUCACAGACAAUGGCUUGGAUUCUUGAUGAGUAUUCAAAGUUUCAUGGAUAUUCACCUGCAGUUGUUACAGGAAAACCAAUUGAUCUUGGGGGAUCACUUGGAAGGGAGGCUGCAACUGGACUUGGAGUGGUUUUUGGAACCGAAGCUUUGCUUGCUGAAUAUGGGAAGUCAAUUUCUGAUAUGAAGUUUGUCAUCCAGGGGUUUGGAAAUGUGGGCUCAUGGGCAGCCAAGUACAUCCAUGAGAGAGGAGGUAAGGUUGUUGCUGUUAGUGACAUCACUGGUGCAAUUAAGAACCCAAAUGGACUUGACAUCCCGGCUCUGCUGAGACACACAGCAAGCACUGAAAGUUUGAAGGAAUUCCAUGGUGGAGAUGUUAUGGAUCCAAAUGGCUUACUUGUCCACGAUUGUGAUGUUCUCAUUCCAUGUGCCUUAGGGGGGGUUCUCAACAAGGAAAAUGCUGCUGAAGUGAAGGCGAAAUUCAUAAUAGAAGCUGCAAAUCAUCCCACCGACCCAGAAGCAGAUGAGAUCUUAUCCAAGAAAGGAGUUGUGAUACUCCCUGACAUCUAUGCAAAUUCUGGUGGCGUGACCGUAAGCUACUUUGAAUGGGUUCAGAAUAUUCAAGGAUUUAUGUGGGACGAAGAGAAAGUGAACUGUGAGCUGAAUAAGUACAUGAGGAAAGCUUUUUGUGACAUCAAGGCAAUGUGUCAAGCUCAUAAUUGCAAUUUGCGAAUGGGGGCCUUUACAUUAGGGGUGAAUCGCGUGGCUCGUGCUACCUUGUUAAGGGGGUGGGAAGCAUAAGCUAAAUCUUUUAGCUGCUUAUUUAAUUUCCCAUCAAAUGCUUUCCCUGCUUGGUAUAAAAAUGAGUAAAAGAAGAAAGUUUAUUUAAUUUUGUUUUUCCAGCUUUCCUCAUACAAUUUGAGCGGCAAUAGGAAGAUGAAAUAAAUAAGGAUUGCCAUUUUAAAACCAGAAAAAUAGAGGAAUAGAUUGAAGAUAAACUAGUCAGGCGGUUUAGAAGAAAUGAAAGUAUUUACUUCCAUAUAGAAUAGAUGAACCUAUUUGUAUGCUUGUUUUGAAUACAUCUUUGCUCACCAGGACAAAUGAAUCAUGCUUUUCAGAUUUCA